AUGAACUAUCGCAGUGAAUCGAUCAUCAUCGCUACCGCGGUGUCCGUGGGAAUAUCUUUAAUAUCGAUGUGCCUGAGGUGUUUUGUGCGGUUGCGUGUUGUGCGGGCAUUCGGAAAGGAUGAUGCCACAAUGGUGGUGGCCAUGAUCUUCAACUUGGCGUUUGCCAUCUGUACUUUCGCUGGUGCUAAGUACGGGUUCGGACAACAGAUGACCUGGUUUAUGGACAAGCCGGGUUACCUUCGAUACGCUUUGCUGUACUGGUGGCUUGGGCAGAAUUUCUACCUAGUAACUGCCAUUAUCGCAAAGAUUUCCAUCGCCAUGACCCUUCUUCGCAUUACUCCCAACAAAAUCCACACCGUGAUCCUAUACACUAUCAGCGCAUCGACGAUCCUUGUUGGGACGAUGUUUGUCUUGGUCAGCAUCUUCGAAUGUACCCCAGUCGACUUUUUCUGGAAUCGCUUGACAAAAAGUGGCAAAUGUGUCGACCCCAAUGCCUUGGUGGGGAUCGCAUAUACAGCCAGCGUUGUGGCAGCGGUUGCCGAUUUUGUUCUCGGACUGUUACCAUGCUUCAUAAUUUGGAAUCUGCAAAUGAACAGGCGAACGAAGAUUGCUCUAGCAGGAAUCAUGGGCUUGGGCUGCAUUGCCGGUGCAACCGUCAUCGCCCGCAUACCGUACCUAUCCGCCUAUAAACAUGCAGACUUCUUGCACGCCACCCAUGCAGUGUCAAUUUGCUCGAACAUCGAGACUGGCGUGGGUAUCACCGCUAGCUCUCUUGCGACCCUUCGUCCUAUCUUCCGUUUCCUACGGGACACCACAUCCGGCUCUCGCAGUCGCAAACGUCCCACUGAAAAUAGCUACCCAUUAUCAAGCGUUGCUAAUAACAGUGACAAACAUCACUGGGUGGACAAGACCGGCGGGUACCACGGCAUGUCUACAACCAUUACCGGCCGUCAGCCGUCGAUGCAGAAUGUCAGCACAGAGAGCAUCACGCCGCUGUACCAAGGCAUGAAGGUCGAGCGGUCGUUCCAAGUCGAGGUUGCAUAA